AUGGCGCCGCAAGCGCAGGACCCGGAGAUGCAGCGUGUCAUCGAGACGCUGCAUACGCUACUCAACAAUCAGCUUAAAGCAAUCCUAAAAAGCGAGAAUCUACCGGUCUCGGGAGUCAAGAAUGCGCUCCAGGAAAGGCUUAUUUCCCGUCUACAUCACUAUGCAUAUGGCUCGUGGGCAAACCAGGGCAAGCUAAAUCAACUUAUCGCGCGGGUAUAUGCUAUAGCCCAAGGCCGGCCGUCACCCUCUCCGUUAACGGUAUCAACCCAACAUGCACUUCCGGCUCCAACCCCUCAACCACAGCAUUCACAGACAUUACCACCAUACCGAGGGACGAUCCCUCUACCUCCUCCUCCGAAUCAGCUGGGCCGACUGACCUUCAAGAAAAGCCCGUUUUACACCAUUGUGGAACCCCUAACUUCUGUGGUGGAAUGUCAGGUGAGAGAUUCAUCCCAGGAUACCGUUCGUAUGAAGGUAAUCCUCAGCUCUGAAGUCGUCACACGAAUUAUAUCAGAACCAAACAUUCGAGUAAUGGUUUACUGUGCAGCUGAUAAUGGCCUAACACAUUAUUCUCCGAGCGAUAUUGCAUUUCCAUAUCAGGUUGAAUUAAGAGUUAAUCUUGAUGAUGUCAAGGCAAAUCUGCGUGGCCUUAAGAACAAACCGGGUACAACGAGACCCGCGGAUAUCACUCACUUAAUCAGAAAGAAACCAGGUUUUUUGAAUAACGUCUCAAUGACUUACGCACUGACGCAAAAGAAAUUUUUCGUUGUCGUCAACCUGGUUCAAAAACACCCUGUGGAAGAGUUGGUUACCCAGCUCCGAGUCAGGAAAACAAUCUCCUCGGAGCAGGUUAUCAGAGAAAUGCAAGCCCGCGCUCAAGACGCCGAAAUUGUGACGACUUCAUCCGUAAUGUCACUAAAAUGCCCACUCUCAACACUCCGUAUCUCAGUUCCCUGUCGUACAUCGCUUUGUACUCAUAAUCAGUGUUUUGACGCCACAUCAUUUCUCCAGCUUCAAGAACAGGCGCCAACCUGGAGCUGUCCGAUAUGUUACAAAGCCACCAGUUUUGAGGCUUUACAAGUGGACCAGUAUGUUGACAAUAUACUCCGCGCAACACCACAGUCAGUCGAGCAAGUGACUAUCGAACAGAAUGGCGAGUGGUCGAACCCAAAUGAUGCGCCUGAAACCGCUCCCGGUAGUAAUGGACUUGCAAAUGGCAACGGCGAUGAUGACGAUGAUGACCUGGUAGAGAUAAAUAGUUCCAGCAUACCAGCCGUUAAGCGUGAAGCCGACUCGCAGGCCUCACUACAUCAUGUCACUCCAACUCCAUCCCGGGAGGCAUCGUCAGUUGCAUCAGUUCCACGUCCCUCCACCGGGAAAAGGACUAUUGGCCAAGUAAUAGACCUGACCGCUAGCGAUGACGACGAGGACCCCCCUCGUCCUGCCAAACGGCUCGCAUUUAACAUACCAAACGGAAGCCAUACACACUCGUUCGAUCUCUCGAGAUUUUCAACAUCUAAUCCAUCGAACUCACCUGCUUCACGUUCCUACCCCUACGAACGAUAA